AUUUGUGCCACAUAUUCUUCUGCAAUAUCAUCUCUCGAUUAUUAUUUUUACAAUUUGAUUCUUUCCGGGAUUUCUGUUAAACCAAAUGAGUUCAAUUUCAGACUCCAAUUCGCUCUCUAAUCUAACUAUGCUGUCAAAUUCCUUGCCAGCUAAUAAUUCCCACCGAGAAUCUUUGAUUUUUGAUGAUUCUUCGAGUCUUGAACAACUCGCUUGUCCCAUAUGUAACGAACAAAUGGUCUCCCUCUUACAACUUAAUCGUCAUUUGGACGACGAGCACAUGGAUACUUCUAUCGACCAAAAAGAUGGCAUUAUUAAAUGGUUUAAAAAUGCUCAAAGUACCAUUAUGAAGCCCCUUUCGAAAACAAAGAAUAACAUCUCGCAAUUAGCUAUGAAUAAAUUUAAUGAAUUUGAUAUUAACGGGUUGGACAAACAAUCCGAAUUUGUAACGAAAGCUCAUUGGAAACAAGAUGUCGAAAAUAUCGUAUGCUCGAACUCCGCUUGUGAAAAGUCAUUGAACAUUAUAAACGGCAAACACAAUUGUCGAAAGUGUGGUGAGUUCUUUUGUGAAGAUCAUUGUCGUUUAUCGAUGAAAUUGAAUAGGCAAGCACAACAUGAUCCUGUCAAUGGAUAUUUCUGCAGAGUAUGCGAUGAUUGUUUUGUUUCUCGAGAAGGUUAUUUAGAUACUGAAGGGGUUACAAGAAGUUGUACAUCGAUAUUUAUCAAAUACCGGACAAAAGGGAUUGAAAGAGCACAUUUAGAAGGAAACCGGCUCGAACAACGUCUAGAAAAGCUUGCCAAAGUGUACAUUACGCAAAUUAAACAGGUGAACUCCACCCAAGGAGGAUUGGCGCCUCCUUUGACUGCUAAACAUCGAAGAAGAGUUUCCGAACAGUCAAUUGUUAAAUGGCAGGACGAUGCGUCUGUGACUAAUUGCCCGUUAUGUAGAACAUCUUUUGGCAAGAUAACUAAUCGCAAACAUCAUUGUCGUCUUUGUGGACGCGUUAUUUGUGAAAAAUGUUCGUCAAAAAUUCCUCUGAAUCUAAAUAACUAUUCAGAAGUGGCAGAUCAAGACUCUAUCGGCGAAAUUCGCGCCUGUAAGGAGUGUCGUUCUGCUGUGUUUAGGCGAAAAGAGUAUAACGAAGAAAUAGCAAAGACACCUCCGGUCGUUAUGUUAUAUCAGAAAUUAACGAAAAUCAGAUCUGCAAUUGAUUCUACAUUACCUAAAUUUCAAGACAUGCUUAUUAUGUUAAAGAGUAAAGAAAUAAUUAAUCAAACACAUGCGGAUUAUCAAUUGGCUGCACGAUCACGAAAAGAACUAUUGGAUAAUUUUGCUCAGUUUGACGCGAUCAGCAAAAGAAUCAAUUCGUUGCUUACCUAUUCUGAAUCCGAAAGACGUCUUCAAUCCAAUAUUCACUUAGCCGCAAAUCAAUAUCUACAACAAAAUAUGUUACCACUUUCAGUAUUACCAAAAAUGUUCAAAAAGGAUCAAACUCAAAAUACGAACGGCCAACAAUAUGGAUAUUUUGACGAUGAUGAUGAUUCGUCUGAAGCUAUACCUGCUUUUGCUGCUUUUGCUAAUGGAAGACCUAGAUCACUUUCAAUGUCUUCUACCAAAUCUGUAAAAGAAGAAGAGCAGCUUCGACAGCAAUUAGAAGCAUUUUUGGAACAAGAAAAGAGAUUAGAAGAGUUUAUUCAAGAAGCUACUAGAAAAAGAAAAUUUGAUGAUCUAAAGACAUUAAAAACUUCGUUAGAUGAAAUAAAAUUGGAAAUUGACAAGAAAAGGAAAGAACUCGGUGAUUUAUGGCCUUGAAUUCUAUAGUUAUUUAGUGUAUAUAUAUUUAAAAAAGACAAAAAUAUUAUUAAUUCGUUUACGAAAAAUUUUGAUUCAUGGAAUAUUAGGAUGUAUCGAAUAUAUAUUAUUUUUUAUUUUUUAUUGCAUUAUUAAUAUAUUAUAUAAU